AUGGAGAUGACUGAGGGCAUCAUUCGACCUGUAGACCCUGGUGAGGUCAGCAGGCCCGCUACAGACAAAUAUGAAGAAGCAGGCACCGACACCAUUGAUGUUCUCAGCAAGACUCCAGACUCCAGAGACAACCAGGAAGGCCCAGGUCCUCAUCACUCUAGGCCUUGGAGGAGCACUGCUGUGUUUCUGGGUCUGCUGUGUGUUCUUCUGCUCUCUGGUAUUGCAGCUCUCAGCUUCAAAAUGGUGGAAAUCAAACAGUUACAGGAUAGUUGCACAGAGAAACUACGGGUGCAGUCAGGUCAUGACAAUCUGAUCAGAGAAAAUGUACAGUUGCAAAAGAGUUACGAUACCCUGAGUAGAGAGAAAUUCCAGCUACAAACCCAUAAUGACAACCUGAAUUCAGAGAAAUCCAAAUUGCAGGACAAAAUUAACAACCUGAAUAGUGAGAAAUCCCAGCUACAGACCAGUUACAACAACCUGACAAAAUACAGCACCCAACUGCAGAAAGGUUACAACAACCUCAACAAACAAAAGGCUAUUUUGAAUGCUAGUUACAAUAACGUAACUGAAGAGAUAUUACAGUUACAGGAUAAGUAUAGCAACCUAUUUAAAGAGAAGUCUAAAUUACAAAGCAACUGGGAAACAUUGGACGGAGAGAAUUCCUUGUUACAAGACAGAUAUCAGAACUUAACUGGAGAGAAAUUUCAGUUACAAACCAACUACAAUACCCUGAAUUCAGAAAAAUCCAAACUGCAGCACAGAUUUAACAAUCUGUAUUCAGAGAAAUCCCAGCUGCAGACAAGUUACAACAACCUGAAUUCAGACAAAUCUCAGCUACAAACAAGGUACAACGACCUGAAUUCAGAGAAAUCCAUAUUGCAGGACAAAAUUAACAACCUGAAUAAUGAGAAAUCCCAGCUACAGACCAGUUACAACAACCUGACAAAAUACAGCACCCAACUGCAGAAAGGUUACAACAACCUCAACAAACAAAAGGCCCUUUUGGAUGCUAGUUACAAUAACGUAACUGAAGAGAUAUUACAGUUACAGGAUAAGUAUAGCAAUCUAUUUAAAGAGAAGUCUAAAUUACAAAGCAACUGGGAAACAUUGGACAGAGACAAUUCUUUGUUACAAGACAGAUAUCAGAACUUAACUGGAGAGAAAUUUCAGUUACAAACCAACUACAAUAUCCUGAAUUCAGAAAAAUCCAAACUGCAGGACAGAUUUAACAACCUGAAUUCAGAGACAUCCAAAUUGCAAGACAGAUUUAACAACCUGGAUAGAGAGAAAUCCCAGCUACAGACAAGCUACAACAACCUGAAUUCGGAGAAAUCUCAGCUACAGACAGGAUACAAUGAUUUGAUUAGAGAUAAAUCCCAAUUGCAGACCAGGUACAACAACUUGAAUUCAGAUAAGUCUCAGCUACAGACAAGUCACAACAACCUGACCAGAGAGAAAGCCCAGCUACAGAACAGACUGAACACUGUGACUGCCGAGAGGGAUGCACUACAAGAGAAUUUGUCAAACCUACAAUCACAUGACAUGAAGAGAAUUAAAAGUCAUGCAGUGGAUGUGACUUUGGAUCCUGACACAGCACAUGCCUAUCUCAUCCUGUCUGCUGAUGGGAAACAAGUGAGAAAUGGCGGCACACAGCAGAAUGUCCCUGACAACCCCAAAAGGUUCAGUCCUGUUGUAUGUGUCUUGGGAAAACAGGGGUUUUCUGCUGGCAAAUUCUACUAUGAGGUUCAGGUCAAGGGGAAGACUGGGUGGAGCUUAGGGGUGUCCAGAGAGUCCAUUACCAGGAAGGGAGACAUACAUCUGAGCCCUGGGAAUGGAUACUGGACAAUAGGGCUGUACAAUGGGAAUGAGUAUAAGGCACGAGACAGUAUUGUUCCCCUCUCCCUGAAGAAGAAGCCCCAGAGGGUGGGGGUGUUUGUGGAUUAUGAGGCAGGUCUGGUCUCCUUUUAUGAUGCAGACUGUUGGUAUCACCUCUACUCUUAUGCUAAUGUUACCUUCACUGAGAAACUUUACCCAUUCUUCUCUCCUCAUGCUAAUGAUGGAGGUAAGAACUCCUCUCCUCUUAUCAUCUCCUCAGUUCAUACCUGCCCUAUCAAGUAAUGUAGAAUGAUGGGUUGAUGUUUUAUUAAAACCAGCAGUUCAUUAUGCACCUGAAACUCCUCUUACAUAUAAGUUCAGAAGGUUCUUUUUUCAUGGAAAAUCCCUUCAUGGCCUUAAAAUGGUUUAUGUAUAUUUGUUGCAUACUGAAGCUGUAAUCGGUCUGCCAUAAAUCCAAAGUAGAAAUUCUCAAUCAUGACAUUGACUGCUUAUUUUUGCUUUAUUUGUCUUCGAAAAAAAGCAGAUAACAUACAGAGCGUUACAAACUUUUCUCCGGAGGGGGUCUUUAAGAAAUAACUAGUUAUUUGUUCAAUAAUGCCAGACCCCAAAUAUUCUUAUCUUAUGCAAAUGAAUCUCACUGCUUUCAUAAGCCCGUUUGAAUGUUCUUUUUCAUGAUUGUACAAUGUUAUUUAACCACACAAUGUUAGACAAUAAUACAGUGUUUGUGUUUUUUUACACCAUGAUUGAUUAUCAGCCUUUUUACUGUAAUAUAGUCUGCAACAGAAUAUGCUUGCUUUUA